AUGUCGGAUUCCGUUCUUCAAGCCGAGCUGGCAGUCGCCAAGGCGCAGUUGGCUCUGGCCCAGGCGCAGGAAGCCGCCCGCGCUCAAGUUGCGGCGGCGGUUGACGCGUCAUCGACACAAAAGGCAGAGUCGGGCAAAGCUGCUAUUGAUCAGCAGGACUGUGCGUCGACCCAAGUCCGCGAAGACGGCAUCAAACACGCGACGAGCACAGAUAUUAUCGAAGAGGCGCCUAAGCGCGUCGAUGGUGACACACACGCCGAAGUGUGGACGAAGCUUCUCGAGGAACCGUUCACACUCGACGCUCGCGAAUCUGCCGUGCACGGCAUCGACUCAACAACCACUGACGCCGAGGUCGACACGCAGCCGGAUAACGACGAUCUACGUGUCGCUCGUGAACUGGCCGAGGCGUCCGAGGACGAGAAUGUUGCGGAAGUCGGUGAUAAACGCGCUUCCGAGCGCGCGUCGAAGACAAGGCGCUCAUCCGCGCGAACGAGGCGCGUGGCAACUCGGGCCAUCCUAGCUGAGGAGGACGACGCGGAGACCUUGGGGUCUGUGACGCCAGCCUCGAAGAGGAAGAGGAGCGAGAUCGAGGAGCUGAGUUCGUCCGGGGAAGAGAUGGAGAACGAUGAUACACUAGGUGCGGAAGAAGUACUCGCCGUCGCGCUCAAUAAGGGCGCCGCUCCGAAGGGGCCCGCCUUCGAGUUCGCCGACUGCGUGAUGCGCUUCGCGGCUUUUGCGUUUUCGUACGCCAGCCUAUGGGGUAAAGAUCAUCAAGAGGCUGUCUUCUCGAUGAUCAAACCGCUCGUGCAGCUGGAACUUGCGCAUUGGUUCGAGCUCGGGCACGAGAUGCCCGGCCUCCCGUCUAGCGCCAUAUCGUGGGUCUCGCAACGCCGUGCGGCAUGCAAGAUCGACGACCCGAGCUACGUGCGGAAUGCGCUCAAGGAGGCGCACCUUGAGCACAAAAUGCUCUCGUGCAUGAGCACGCUCCGGUCUCUCAAGUUCGCCGACGUCGCGCUCAUGCACGGGCGGCGUGGAUACAUCCUGCUGGUGCG